AUCAGCUACUUAUUUAUUCCUACCUCCUCACGUAUCCUUGGAUACCAGAUAAUCCCAUCCCCUCUUCUCUCUCUCUCUUUUCUCUCUCUGUUGGAUGUAACACUCCAGUCACCUGGCAUUUACUUUCAGAAAGUGACAGAAUGGGGAACUACGGCUUCAUCUUUCUAACACUGGCUGCAUAUUUGAUGCUUUGUGAUGCUCAGCCUCAACCUGGUUUCUGUGUGAUGUAUGAUGAAUGUGGUCUAAACCCCAACGUAGAAGGGUCCCUGAUCCCUGCAAGAAUACCCUGCAAAAGUUAUCGGCAAGCAGCUCCAGUGGUAGGCCAACACUACCAGCUGUUGAAGCAGGUUUGUCCUAUGUUGGACAGAGGUGAGGGUGAAACAUUUGCCUGCUGCACCAGUGCCCAGCUGCAUGCCCUGCAAAGCAGCUUGUCACUAUCCAAAGUUGUGCUGCUCCGAUGCCCGUCCUGUGCUUACAAUUUUGCCCACCUGCACUGCAUCACCACCUGCAGCCCCAACCAGAGCCAGAUAGUCAACAUUACCAGAACUGAGAAUGUCACGGUUGGCACAGUGUCGAAAGAUGGUGUAGUUGCAUACCAGGCCUACAUUUCCACCAGCUUCUCUGAUGCGUCCUUCAGGUCCUGCCAGAAUGUGCGGAUUCCAGCAACAGGUGGAUAUGCUAUCGCUACCAUGUGUGGCCGAUAUGGUCAUAAGCUGUGCACGCCUCAGCGUUGGUUAGAUUUCCAGGGUGACACAAGCAAUGGUCUGGCUCCACUUGAUAUUGAUUUUAGACUCAUACCACCUGGCGAGACCUCACAGGUACCAGAAGGAAUGGUUCCAUAUGCAGGCUUGGCUAUAGGCUGUAAUGAAACAUCACCCACUGGGGAAGAAGAGUGCUCUUGUCAGGACUGUCUGGAUGCUUGCCCUUCAGUUCCUCCACCUGAACCUAUACCUGAGAAGAACAGCUUCAUGAUCGCUGGAAUGAACGGCGUUCUCUUCAUCUGCCUCCUUGUUUUUAUAAUUUUAUCCAUCCUGUUCCUCGGUUUCCUUGUGGCUAAGUUUGUCUUUCAGACCCAGAAGAGUAAGAUGUCAAAAGGGGGCAAGGACAGAAAUGCAAAUGAAGUAGACUAUAACAAAACAGUGGACCCCAAAGAUGUCACAUGCUCAGAUCGAGCAAGUCUGGUCACUCAAGAAUUCCUGGGUUCACAUUUUCAGACUUGGGGAACUACAAUGGCUAGGUACCCAAAGACCGUGCUCAUUGUAUGUCUGAUUGCAGUGGUAGCAUUUUCAAGUGGGCUGAUGUACAUAGAACUGACCACUGAUCCUGUUCAGCUUUGGUCGGCUCCUGAAAGCCGUGCUAGGCGUGAGAAGGACUUCCAUGACCAGCAUUUUUUCCCCUUCUUUCGAACCAACCAGCUGAUUCUGACAGCUCCAGGCAGAAACGGCUAUGUGUAUGACUCCUUGUUAUUUGGCAGAACAAACAUCAGUGGCCUCAUCUCUAAAGACCUCAUUUUGCAACUACUGGAGCUUCAAGAGAGAAUUCAGGCAAUCGAGUUCUGGUCUGACGAUCUUAACAAAACUGCUAGCCUUAAGGAUGUGUGCUAUGCUCCACUCAAUCCAACAAACCCUGCUCUUUCUGACUGUGCUGUCAACAGUCUUCUUCAGUACUUCCAAAACAGCAUUGUUAAUCUGAAUGCAAAGGUUAACAUGACUGAGCUAGGUGUGACUAAAGAAGUUGACUGGAGAGAUCAUUUUAUCUACUGCGUCAACUCUCCGUUGUCUUUUAAAGACAUCACUGCACUUGGCAUGAGCUGCAUGGCUGACUACGGAGGACCUGUGUUUCCUUUCUUGGCUGUGGGAGGAUAUGAAAAUGAAGACUACACAAAUGCUGAAGCAUUCAUCCUCACUUUUUCUCUGAAUAACUAUCCACGAGAACACCCAAAGUUCAAAGUGGUGCUAGAAUGGGAAUCAAGAUUCUUGGACAUAAUACAGGAGUACCAGAAAAAUCCUAGCACAAACUUUACGUUCGCUUACAUGGCUGAGAGAUCUUUAGAAGAUGAAAUCAACAGAACGACAAUAGAGGACAUCCCCAUCUUUAUGAUCAGCUAUGCAGUUAUUUUUUUGUACAUUGCCAUGGCUCUGGGGGAAUACUCAUCUUUUAAACGCAUUCUGGUGGACUCAAAGUUCCUUGUUGGCCUAGGGGGUAUAUUGGUAGUAGGCUGCUCGGUCCUGGCCUCCAUGGGUUUCUAUGCUUGGAUAGGAAUCCCGUCCUCGCUAGUCAUUCUGCAGGUGGUCCCCUUUCUAGUCCUGGCUGUUGGUGCUGACAACAUCUUCAUCUUUGUUCUGGAGUAUCAGAGAGACGUGCGCAGACCAGGAGAGCAGCGGGAGGAGCAGAUUGGCCGAGUCCUUGGAAAUGUCGCUCCCAGCAUGCUGCUUUGCAGCAUGUCAGAAUCUGUCUGUUUCUUUUUGGGUGGUUUGAGUACAAUGCCCGCCGUGAAGUCUUUUGCGCUCUAUGCUGCUUUAGCAGUCCUCAUGGACUUUGUGCUGCAGAUGACUGCGUUCGUGGCACUGCUGUCUCUCGACGCUCGGCGACAAGAUGCAAAUCGCUGUGAAAUAGCUUGCUGUGUCACUGUAAAGAAACCACGUCCUUCCAAACCCAAUGAGGGCUUCCUUCUCCCUCUAAUGCGGAAAUAUUACGCCCCAGUACUGCUCUACCCCGUCUCCAGGAUACUAGUGAUCUUGCUGUUCCUCUGCAUGUUCUGCGCCUCCAUCUUCCUUAUGUUCCAUGUGAAGGUGGGCUUGGAUCAGGAGCUGGCCAUGCCAUCAGACUCUUACAUGCUGACAUACUUUCAAUACCUGUACAAGUACUUUGAGGUCGGGGUUCCUGUAUAUUUUGUCACAACAAGAGGCUUCAACUUCUCAAAUGUCAAUGGCAUGAACGCAGUGUGUUCCAGCGUCGGCUGUGACCAGUUCUCUCUCACUCAGAAGAUCCAGUAUGCCACAGCGUUUCCUAACAGAUCCUACUUGGCUAUCCCAGCAUCCUCCUGGGUAGAUGAUUUCAUUGACUGGCUGAAUCCUCAAACCCGAUGCUGUCGGCUUUACAGCUUCGGACCCAAUGCAGGGAAUUUCUGUCCUGCCACUGAGAGUACCUUGAUGUGUUUGACGAAGUGUAUGAGCAGCCCACCCAACGGCAUCCUGCGUCCAUCCGUGCAGGAGUUCAACGAGUAUCUCCCCAGCUUCCUCUCCAACCGGCCAGACUUACAGUGUCCCAAAGGUGGGUUGGGGGCUUAUGACACAUCUGUGGUCCGGGACAGUGUGACGGGAGAAAUAAUAGCAUCUCGGUUCAUGGCAUAUCACACUCCUCUCACUAACUCGCAGGAGUUUACAGAAGCUUUGCUCAUGGCGAGAGAAAUCGCCCACAACAUCACGAUGACUAUGAGAAAUGUGCCAGGCACGGCACCUGACUUCGAGGUCUUCCCCUAUACCGUGACGUACGUGUACUAUGAGCAGUACAUUGGCAUUGUGUAUGAGGGCCUGGUGAACCUCUCACUCUGUUUGUUACCCACCUUCGUGGUGUGCUGCAUCCUGCUCGGCAUGGACCUGCGCUCAGGUCUCCUAAACCUCCUCACCAUAGUGAUGAUCACCGUGGAUACAGUGGGCGUCAUGACGCUGUGGGGAAUCGACUACAAUGCCGUGUCUCUAAUCAACCUUGUCACGGCUGUGGGGAUUUCAGUGGAGUUUGUGUCUCAUCUAACGCGCUCCUUCGCCCUGAGCACUUUGCCCACUAAGGUGGAGAGAGCCAAAGAUGCUACGGCUAAGAUGGGCAGUGCGGUGUUUGCUGGUGUCGCUAUGACCAACCUGCCUGGAAUCAUCGUGCUGGCAUUCGCUAAAGCCCAGCUCAUUCAGAUCUUCUUCUUCCGGCUGAAUCUGAUCAUCACACUUCUGGGAAUGGCACAUGGCCUCAUCUUCCUGCCUGUGCUGCUCAGCUUCUUCGGUCCAUCUGUAAACAAGGCCGUGCUGCUGGAGCUUCAGAAUAAAAAAGCCAUGGAGAUGGAGCAGCGCAACAAGGCAGUUUACGACAACGGUGGCUUUGAAAGAAACGAGAAUCACAUUGUUUCAGAGCCCGCAUAUGCCACAACGCUGCCCAAUGCUGCACCAGCACUGCCAGAACAACUGGAACAGGAGAAGACACCAGAACCAAGCACAGUUGGGAACACCAACCAUAUCCAGACCAACACUUUUCUAUAGUUCUGGGAUGACAUUCCUCUUCUUCUCCUCUUCCUCCUGCUUCGAGAUCGUUGGCAGAGAGAAAAGGAUGGUUUAUUAACAAUGGGACACUGUCAGUACACAAUGGUGCAAUAUAAGGGUCAGGAGAACUGCUUUAUAGGGAUAAAGCUUUUUUCACCUCAGUUGUGUGUUUUACCUGCUCUAACACACGUUCACUAAGUAGAAGCUGCGCUUGGUGAUGGAAAUAUUGCUUGAUCAUACAAGUUAAUUUUCCAUAUCACAACACCUGCUGGACAUGUUUUUAUAUUAAUUUGUAAAUGAUCCAUCAAAAAUAGUCACACUGUCAAGAUAUGGUGCAUUAGGCUUAAAUAUACAUUCACCGAUGUACGUAUGGCUACUGUUUUAUAAAACGCUGACAUUUGAGAGGUAUCACUUGAACUGUAUGUCCAAAUCUGGUCUUUGGCUAUUUACACAAAAACAAAAGUAGCUAUGGACCUUAAAGGAUUGAAAAUAGAUAUUGUGCAAUUUGAUAUAGCUUUUAACAGCAUUAUUCGGCUAUAUGGCUUAUAAAAUUAAUCACAGGCUACUUGACGUGAUAAAUAUUGAUGCUAGCAGAUGAUCACUUAAACAUAUGGAAACAAAUGGAAACCUAGAUGCACUAGCAGUGCUAAUAAAGCUAUUAGUUAAACAAACUAGCUAAUAGUUUUGCUAGCAAUGCCAGUGCUUCUAUAUUUCCAUAUCUUUCCAGCUAAGCACUGAGACAAAGCAUCAACUAAAUAUUUUUUACAUACGAGAAGAUCAACCUGGAAAAAUCUUACAGCAACUUUUGUCAAAGUUAAAAAGAUGGCUAAAGUUAGCCUUCAUCCAGCCAGUGUCCAUCAGAGUCAUGCUAGCCAGUUGCUAUCCAGUUAUCACAUAUCUCAAAGUGAUAUUUGUGAAUCUUACAUAAAAACACAGCCUAAUUAGCUAUCUAAUCUAAAAACAACUACCUGCUAUCUAUCAAGACAGUUUUCUCCAUGGAUUAACUAUAAAGAUAUAUAAAGUAGUGUUAAUGAUAAGAAUAUAGUGUGAGUUGAAUAUCUUGGUAUUGCUUGCAUAACUCCCUACGCCUAAUUCUGCUUAUUAGAGAACUUAUUUAUUAGAGCAGAACAAAUGGCAAACAAACUGUCACCUCUAAGAGCCUUAACGUAUGCUUCAUAACAGUCUUACGCCUCUGUGAAGAUGUUAACAGGCUGUUAACAUCUUCUUGAAUGUCGAAUCUUGCAUUCUCGUGUCAGCCUGCACUCACACUUCAUUACAGUCUGACAUGAGAGAGAAAUUACUUUAGAAUUUUUUUUUUUACACAUAUUUUCUUUUUUGUUCAUUGUACUGUAUUUUAUUUAAUUCCAUUACAUUUGCAUAUAAUGUCUUUUUGUUGAAACACUACUGCUGCCAUACACUCCAAUGAAAAGUGCCUUCUGUUUGUGUCAUGGAAGAGAUUAUAGCAAUGAGAAAUCAUCAAACAACUGAGGUAGUGAUAUCUGCAAGUCAUUAAAAAAAGAGAUCCAAUAAACAACAUAACAGGACUGGA